CAUAAAGAAGAAGAAAUGUCUAUUCUUUGUGUUUACAGUAUUUAGGAAAAAAUGGAAAAUUAGGAAAUAAAAUUUUGUAUAAAACAUGUUGUCUGUACCAAAUUCAUAAUGCAACGUCAACCUAAAGUGAAAUUUGAACAAGUGAAAGUGAUUAAAGGUGGUGCUUACAAUAAACAUAUUAUUUUAGCUGAUGCUAACGUUCCUUCUAAAUUAUCAAUAGAUCGACUGAGUAAUACCCUUUUCUUUUGUAUAAAUGCAGACGAGUUUUCUGAUCAAAGCUUCCACUUAGUCGUUCUAGAUCUUGACACAGGAUUAAAUGCAAUUAUACCAGGUAUUCAAAAUGGUUUUGCGAGCGCCGUCGAACCAGAAGGCGCUGUUUAUCUCGGAGGUAGCGACGGCAUAUUCGAAUUCAAUUAUAGGACAUUUGAUGUCUAUAGGCCAGCCAUCUUAAGUGGUGUGGAUAUUUUCGACAUGUAUUUCCACAAAUAUCUCUACUUUGUAGAAACGGCCACUCAAAAUCUUUUCGUUUGGAAGAAUGGCGGGAAAACAAGCAUUAAGGAAUUGAAUGGUUAUGGCAUACAACAUUUUCUCCUUAACAACUUUGAAGAUAUAUUGUUUGUGAACUCCUCGGGAGUGUACAUGUUACGAAAAGGAACAACGAUACCGAUUACUUUUGGUGGUGCCUCUACAGUUGCACACUUUCGCGGGAUGACAGCCGAUAUAAACGGGUUACCAUAUCUUAUAGCUCAGGAUGGAAUUUAUACGAUCGAUAUGGCACAACGACACGUAGUGAAAACGAUACCUAUGGAAAAUAUUUUUGGAUUAGCUUUCGAUAAAGAUAACAAUAUGGUUUACAGUGAUGAACGAUCUGUGGUUAAAUUAAUUCGCCAACAUAAUCCGGUAUUCGUGAAUAAAAACUUUUAGAGUUUUUUUGUAAGCACCAUUGUUUACCAACAAAUGGACAUCGGCGCUAAAAAGUGUCCGAACUUGUAGAGCGUUAAAAUCACACACAGGGCGUUAAUCGCGCGUCACCUUUCGUUUGGUCGACUGAAAGCGCGCUUGUCAAUCAUGCAGUACCAGAUAAUAAAAACUUGUAAAAAUUACUGAAGUAAUGUGAAAAAACAGGAUUUUGUGUCAUAUUUUCAUUAAGCAAAUAUA